AUCUACCUCCUUAAAUUAUCCCGUGAUCCUACGCGUAACUCCGAUUAAAAUCAGAAUGUGCGGUCCGAAAAUCGGUGCGGUUCUCUAAGAGAAUUAGUGCGCGUGAUAAUGAUCAAGCAAGACAGUCCUACGCCGACGACGUGAAAGCUCUGUUUGGCGUGCGAAAAGACAUCACGAUAGCCAACAGAAUGUGAAAUAUGUCCUCAGGCACAGGAGGGGCCAAAAAAGGGGCCAAAGUCGGAAACGAUGAUAAAAACUCCACUGGAAGCGGCGAGUCUGAGAAAAAGGAUGGCGCUAAAGAUGCGGCAGCUACUAAGCCGGGAAGCGCAGGGGCCUCGACGCGAGAUGCCGCAGCCCGAAUUUUGGCUCUGUGUCAAAAGGGCGAGUGGCCGCCCAUGGACCAGGCCCUCAAGGGCCUCGAGAAAAUCGUCGCCGCGGGAGGAGAUGACGUUAACCCAACUCCCCUCGCUCAAGUUUUUGACCCUCAAACCGGGAUGACUCCCCUCAUGAUGGCCGUCAAAGAAAACAGAUCGUCUUUUAUCGAUCGGCUGGUCGACUUGGGCUGUGAUGUAAACGCAAGGAAUCAUGAAAACUACAACGCGUUACAUAUUGCUGCCAUGUUUUCAAGAGAGGACGUGGUGAAGCUGGUUUUGAACAAGAAAGGGAUUGACAUUCUGGCGCCGGGUGGAGCAAAACAACAAACUGCUGUCCAUCUGGUUGCAUGCCGGCAAACAGGCACCGCUACAAGCAUUCUCAGGAUAUUGUUGGCAGCUGCCGGCAAAGAAAUAAGACUGAAAUCUGAUGGGAAAGGACGGAUUCCGAUACUGCUGGCAGUGGAAGCGGGGAACCAGUCGAUGUGUCGGGAGCUCCUCUCGCAACAGGCGGCAGAACAGUUGAGGGCGACAACAGACAACGGCGACACAGCACUCCAUCUUGCAGCGAGGAAGAGGGACGUCGAUAUGGUUCGCAUAUUGGUCGACUACGGCUCUAAUGUAGACUCCCAGAACGGUGAAGGGCAAACGCCGCUUCACAUUGCAGCGGCUGAAGGAGAUGAGGCUUUAGUUAAAUAUUUUUAUGGAGUUCGAGCAAGUGCUUCCAUUACUGAUAAUCAAGAUCGAACUCCAAUGCACCUGGCAGCCGAAAACGGGCACGCCUCGAUAAUCGAGCUGUUGGCGGAUAAAUUUAGGGCUUCGAUUUUCGAGCGGACCAAGGACGGCAGCACCCUCAUGCACAUCGCCUCGUUGAACGGCCAUGCAGACUGCGCUAUGAUGCUCUUCAAAAAAGGAGUCUACCUACACAUGCCAAAUAAAGAUGGAGCUCGGAGUAUUCAUACAGCAGCUAGAUACGGACACGUGGGCAUUAUCAAUACCUUGCUCCAAAAAGGUGAAAAAGUGGAUGUAACAACUAAUGAUAACUAUACAGCACUCCAUAUAGCUGUUGAAUCUGCCAAACCUGCCGUGGUUGAAACCCUCCUUGGAUACGGUGCGGAAGUACAUGUUAGAGGAGGAAAACUGAGAGAAACACCUUUGCACAUAGCUGCCAGGGUCAAGGACGGUGAUCGUUGCGCUUUGAUGUUGUUGAAGUCUGGAGCGGGACCAAACUUAUGCACGGAUAAUGGACAGACUCCGGUUCAUGUUGCUGCCAAAAAUGGGAAUCUUACCACUCUCCUACUUCUACUUGAGGAUGGAGGAGAUCCACUUUUUCAAAAUAAGAUUGGAGAGACUCCCUUGCAUUUAGCUUCCCGAAGUUGCAAAGCAGACGUCGUGAAACACCUGAUAGACUCAGUGAAGUCUCGGCAAGGCGUAGAGGGCGCAACGGCAUACGUGAACGCUGUGAAUGAGGAAGGUGCAACAGCCUUACACUACGCAUGCCAAGUCACGAAGGAAGAGGUAGAGCGACCGGGCGAGGAUCAGGAGGUCGUCAAGUAUCUUUUAGAGGGUGGCACCAACGUCGAAUUACAAACCAAGCAAAAUCAUGAGACAGCUUUUCAUGACGUUGCUGUCGCAGGAAACAACGAUGUCUUGACACAAAUGCUGGCGCACCUGCAAACAUCUGAGAUUCAGCGAGCCCUCAACAGACAAACAACCCUCGGUUGGACUCCCUUGCUGAUAGCCUGUCAUCGUGGACACAUGCAGCUGGUGAACACUAUGUUGAACAAUCACGCCAGGGUCGAUGUCUUCGAUCUAGAGGGGAGAUCAGCCCUCCACUUAGCUGCUGAACGAGGAUUUCUCAAGGUUUGUGAUGCAUUGUUGACGCACAAAGCGUACAUCAACAGUAAAUCGAGGGUUGGUCGCACCGCAUUGCAUUUAGCAGCAGCCAAUGGAUUUGCAGAUCUGUGUAGAUUUCUAAUUCAAGACCAUAACGCAACAAUAGACGUACUAACUCUCAGGAAGCAAACACCUCUGCAUUUAGCCGCUGAAUUCGGGCAAAUUGAAGUGUGUCGGUUACUUUUAGAACUUGGCGCAGAUAUUGAUGCCACUGACGAUCUCGGCCAGAAACCAGUUCAUGUUGCAGCUCAAAAUAACUUCCCGGAAGUCGCUCAACUAUUUCUUGAACAACAUCCAUCUUUAGUUAUGGCAGCAACUAAGGAUGGGAAUACCUGUGCUCACAUAGCUGCUAUGCAAGGUUCCGUUCGAGUAAUUGAGGAGCUCAUGCGUUUUGACAGGACAGGUGUGAUUGCAGCUCGAAACAGAGUGACUGAAGCCACUCCUCUUCAGUUGGCUGCUGAAGGUGGCCAUGCAGAUGUAGUGAAAGUUCUAGUUAGAGCUGGUGCUUCCUGUACAGAUGAAAACAAGGCAGGAUUUACUGCAGUUCAUUUAGCCGCUCAAAACGGUCACUUACCUGUUUUAGAAGUCAUGCGAUCCUCUCAGUCCCUUCGAAUAUCAAGUAAAAAGUUAGGUGUGACUGCGCUUCACAUAGCCGCAUAUUAUGGACAAGCAGACACUGUACGAGAAAUGCUGUCACAUGUGCCAGCGACAGUGAAAUCUGAUCCGCCUUCAGGGACGAGUUUUUUAGGUGAACUUGGGACAGAAUCAGGAUUAACUCCGUUGCAUUUAGCAGCUUAUUCAGGGAAUGAAAAUGUUGUCAGACUGCUUCUCAAUUCUGCUGGUGUUCAGGUCGAUGCUGCUUCGUCAGAAAAUGGGUACAAUCCACUUCACUUGGCAUGUUUUGGAGGUCACACAACCGUUGUAGGUCUAUUAUUAUCAAGGGCGGCGGAUCUUCUACAAUCAUCAGACAAGCAUGGAAAGACUUGUCUUCACAUAGCUGCAACGCAUGGCCAUUAUCAAAUGGUUGAAGUUCUGCUAGGACAAGGUGCUGCAAUUGAUGCCACAGACAAAAAUGGUUGGACGCCUCUUCACUGUGCGGCUCGGGCAGGGACGUAUGAUGUUGUGAAACUCUUGGUGGAGUCUGGGGCUUCACCAAAAUCGGUCACGAACUAUGGCUCAGCUCCCAUUUGGUUUGCAGCUCAGGAGGGUCACAAUGAUGUGCUGGAGUAUCUGAUGCACAAAGAACAUGAUACGUAUGCGCUCAUGGAAGAUAGAAGGUUUGUGUACAAUUUGAUGGUUUGUAGCCGCAACCAUAAUAAUAAACCCAUUGAGGAGUUUGUGUUAGUGUCACCUGCUCCUGUGGAUACUGCUGCCAAAUUAUCUAGCAUUUACAUCAAUCUAUCUAUUAAGGAGAAGGAGAGAGCGAAAGACUUGAUUGCUGCAGGGAAGCAGUGCGAAAGUAUGGCAACAGAGCUCCUCGCACUGGCUGCUGGGGCUGAUUCUGCUGGACGUAUUCUUACUGCCACUGAUAGACGAAACAUCGAGUUUUUAGAUGUGCUCAUCGAGAAUGAACAGAAGGAAGUCAUCGCACAUACAGUUGUACAAAGGUAUCUUCAGGAACUAUGGCAAGGAAGUCUAAACUGGGCUGCAUGGAAGACGCUCCUUCUCUUUUUAAUGUUCAUACUGUGCCCACCCGUUUGGAUUGGAUUCUCACUUUCACUCGGCCAUAAGUACAACAAAGUGCCGAUAAUCAAAUUUAUGUCGUACCUAACCUCUCACAUGUACCUGAUGAUGCUGCUCAUGUUGGUCGGCAUCACUCCUAUCUACCCUGUUGUUCGCAUCUCCCUCCUUCCGUACUGGUAUGAGUGGAUCCUCCUUGUUUGGUUAUCAGGGCUCCUCUUAUUUGAGCUCACCAAUCCAAGUGACAAAUCCGGCCUUGGAUGGGUCAAACUUGCCGUGCUCCUAUUUGGUGUAGUGGGCGUCGGAUUGCAUCUUCUAGGUUUAGUGUAUAUAGACCGGCCGUACUGGCCAACCCUGAUGUACCUGAGGAAUCAGCUUUUUGCUAUUUCAUUUCUACUAGCUUGUGUACAGAUCUUAGAUUUUUUAUCUUUUCAUCACUUAUUUGGACCAUGGGCCAUCAUUAUUGGAGAUUUGAUGAAGGACUUGGCUCGAUUCUUAGCUGUUUUGGCAAUAUUCGUUUUGGGAUUCUCCAUGAUGUUUGUGGCUCUAAAUCAGCCAUUCCAGAAUCAAACACCGGAAGAUAUAAAACGUGGGAAAAAACAACCGUGGACAUCAAAGUACAGGCCUCCAUUUGCAGAAGUAAUCAUGAAUCCUGGUCACGCAUUUGAGCUCCUAUUCUUUGCCAUUUUCGGCCAGACAACGCAAGAUGUCAUGCGAGUGACUGGCAACGACCUCCAGCCAGAGUGGACUUGGUACUUGUUUAAAGUGUACUUCGGCAUUUACAUGUUGGUGUCCGUUGUUGUGUUGCUGAAUCUUCUCAUUGCCAUGAUGAGUGAUACAUACCAGAGGAUCCAGGCACAAUCUGAUAUUGAGUGGAAGUAUGGUCUCGCCAAAUUGAUCCGAAAUAUGCACCGGACAACAACUACUCCUUCGCCAUUGAAUCUUGUCACGUCUUGGCUCAUGUAUUUGAUUCAGUUCUGUCGACAAAGAGUCGCCCAGCGGAAGAGACCAAGUUUAGUUCAGAUGAUGGGACUGCAAACGAGAAGUCGUGUUAGUGCCCGGACGAAAAUGGGUGCCAAAUGGCUGGCCAAAGUCAAAAAGGGCCAAGUUGCUCCUAAAGACUCAGUUGCCCUGAGCGUGGUUCAUCUGAGCCCUCUCGGCUCCCAAUUGAGCUUCUCAAACACUGCAACUAGGAUAGAGAACAUCGCGGACUGGGAGGCCAUUGCCAAGAAGUACCGAGCUCUGAUGGGUGAAAAAGAUACUUCACCGGACCGCAAGACGAAAGACACAGCCAGCAGCGAAGACUCAGUUACCGUUUCUAGAGAUUCUGUAGAUACACCUGUGAAUAAUAAUAAUAACUCACUUUGAUUGAUGUGUACGCAAAAUUUUAUUCAUAGUAAAUUUGUACGUCUUCAAGGGGUCAUUCUAAAA